AUGGCUUCCUCUAGUCAUCCAAAGAAUGACGUCAUUAGACGACCUUGUAAAGCAUCGGACAAUCCCCAUUUCUUUAAGGUUGUUAGUGCUAGGGCUCUCAAGGAACAAAAACUUGAAAUCCCAAGAAAGUUUGUGAGAGAAUAUGGUGUAAAAGCUUUUGCAACUAACCAAAUAUGUCUCAAGGUGGCAGCUGAUGGUAGAAAGUGGAAUGUACGUUUGACAAAAACUAACGAUGGAACAAGAGUGUGGUUUCAUGAUGAUGGUUGGCAAAUGUUUGUAGAGUUUUACUCUGUUGGAUUGGAGUAUUUUCUCGUCUUUAAAUACGAACGUCAAUCUUCGAGCUUUUACGUUGUUAUCUUUGAUCGUACGGCUACAGAAGUCGAAUAUCCAAUGAAGAUCAUAAUUUGUAUCGAUGAUGCUGAAGAAAAGGUAAAAAAGGAGACAAACAUAUCUCAAGAACUGAUGGACAACAAGAAGAAGCUACGGUCGACGACAACAAGCCAACGAGAAAAGGCAAUGGCAAAUGCUACCGCUUUCCAAUCUAUGACUAUAAAUCCUUCGUUCUUGUGCAAGAUGUCACCUUCACACAUUCAUCGAUCUCUUAAUGUACCAAAAAGGUUUGUAGAGAUGCAUAUAGAAAAGUCCAUGGAGAGCAUUCUUCAAGUUUCCGAUGGAAGAACUUGGGAAGGUAGUUGUUGUUUCUAUAUGAAUAAAAGGAUGAAGAAGAGGGCUGAAUUGGCAAGCAGUUGGAGGAAGUUUAAGAAGGACAAUAACUUGAAAGUUGGUGAUUUUUGUGUUUUUGAGAUGAUCGGAAAAAGUAGUACGAGAAUCUCUUUCAAAGUUGAAAUUUUUCGAGCUUCUUGAUCGUCCAAAUCUAUUCUCGAACAGUAUAAGCAAUGGCAUGGAGCCAGUAGGAGGUGUACCAGGACGUUUAACUAAGUUUGGCAGAUCUUAGCACCCAAACCAACCAAAUCAACUUGGAAAAGAAAAGGGUUUACUACUGUUAUGUUAUU